CUUAAAGGAGAACUGAUUAAUAUUUCUUGGUAAAUGGUUAAGCUAACGAUAGUUGGAAGAGUUAGCGAUGGGUUGCCUCUUGCACAAGGACCUAGGUAUACGAUUGAGGAAAAUAACAACUUCUUAUUUUACAAGCAACAAGCAGAGUUCAUACUCAAAGAAAUCUCCAAAGGAGCCUUGGCACAUUCCAAGAUGACCAUUCACAUUGAUCAUCACUGCUUCAACCACUUGGUCGACAAUGGAAUCAUCUUCAUCACAUUGUGCGAUUCUUCAUAUCCAAGAAAACUAGCUUUCCAUUAUCUACAAGAUUUGCAAAAGGAGUUUGAGAAGUUUGAUAAUAGACUCGUAGAGAAAAUCACCAGACCAUACAGCUUUGUGAAGUUUGAUAGCAUUAUUGGGAAUAUCAGAAGACAAUACAUAGAUACAAGAACGCAGGCCAACCUAUCAAAGCUUAAUGCUAAUAGGAAACAAGAUGUAGAUAUUGUUACUAAACAUAUAUCUGAAAUUUUAGAACGAAGGCAAAAUGCUGAAAUAUCGGAUCGAAUAUUUGUGACACCUCAAACUGUGUCCUCAAUAUGGAGCUCCCCACGCCUGGAGGUAAUUGCCCUGAAGUGGACGCCUAUCACAACAAUUGUCGUAGUUGCUGUUGUUCUUUUAUGGGCUAGCUUAGUACUCACAGACCACAUCAUAAUUUCGUGAAAUGUAUGAGUUUGCGCAAGUCAUGAUUUAGUCCUUUUCUAGUUCCGCACAAAUAUAAAUUUGAAAGAUGUAACUUUGUUCUAGUCAUUGUAAUUAGAAUAAUCCGAUUGGCCUAAUGAUCAAUCAAGCAUAUGGACACAUUAUUAUGUAA